ACAUUUGCCCAGUGCCAACGACGUGCAGACGUUUGCUGCUAAUUGCCAUAUGAAGCAGCAAUACCCACUAACUAGUCCCCAAAUUCAGCGAAACGCUUACUCCAAAACACUUUCUUUCGGAAUUAGGAUUCCCUCUACGUGAAUACCUCUCGACAACUUCAACUGCCCAUAUCCCCUCUUUUAAGCAAUCAGAGUGUUGUUUCAAUGGCUACCGACGCCAGUUCAGAUCGGAAUGCGACAGCCAAACCUGUGCUGCUACCGGAGAUUGGGUCCGAUGGUAUUGCUAGAGAAUCACCGGUCAUUGCUUACACCGAGAAGAUAAUUGAGGCAGAGCAGCUUCAAUUAAGAAAAUAUAUAGAUGAAAAUUACUCCAAGAUUCGUGAUGUUGAGAAGGAACUGGCAAACCUGUCAAUGGAGAUGAAACUUACAGCUGGGCCUAAGAGAGCAGCACUUGAACACAUGAGAAAGAAAAUAGAAAUGUCAACAGAAAAAAUCCGUAUUGCUAAGCAGAAGGAAGAACAAGCACAAAAGGCAUGGGAAGCAGCAUUAAAAGCUGUCAAGGAUGAGGAGGAUUUCAAGCAAAAGCUUUGUGAGGACUUGAAUAAUCUGGUUCGUGAAAGUAGUAACAGUCAGCUAGCUAGAUUGGAGGAACUGAAAAGGAAGCUGGAAGCUUUAAAUCCGAGCAAAGCAUCCACAUCCUCUGCCUUGGAUCUGAAUUCCGUGGAACCUGCACCGAGCAGUAUGAAUCGAGAUGUUCCCUCAGUUCAAGGUUCACAAGAAUCAUUAAAUGGAUCAUCUGAAACUACAUUGAAAGAAGGAAACACUGGAAAUGCUGCAGCAGAAAAUGGACAAAACCAACAACGUGAAGCAAGAGGGAAGAAGAAAAUUAAUGCCCAAGGAAGAGGGAAGGGAAUUGGCAUGAUACCUAAAAGUAGAGGUGCAGCACCACCUGGUUGGACGGGGGCUGGGUUUGAUGUGGAUGGUAGAAGUUGAUCACAGUUCAGUUUCGAUUUAAAAGAGGAAAAAGAUUGGAGGCCAUGUUCGUGACUGAAUGAGUCUAGUCGAGCUUUGCCGAUUGGAUUAGUCUAAGAGCUACAUUGUGAUUUCAAGUUCAGUUUGUUUAAGGACUAAACUGGUUGAGUCAAGUGGUACAGAAGGCCUUCCUUGUGAAUAUGGUCCCCGAGAUGAAUAAGAUAACCUUUUAGAUGUUACUCUUGUUCGUAGCUCAUUAUCUGCAGAUACAGUUCUACUUGGAAAAAAUCAUGUGACCAUACAUCAAACUAGCUGCAAGAACUGCUCAGCUUGUGCCAGUAGAGGCUGUAUUAUGUGAAGGUGUCAAAUAAGAGUGCUAGUUAAGACUAUAAUAUGCAGUUAGUAGCUGAUAAGUAAGAUAUGCUUUUGGUUAAGGCACAACAAAUUUCUUCUCCUUGUUUUCUGUUGAUUUUGAGCUAUCAAUUCAUUUUCUUUUUAAGGUAAAGGAGGUACUAUAAUAUUACACUAUACUGUUGUUUUUGUUUAAGAAUAUCAAUG